UAAAACUGUCAAAAUCUAUUGCUGUGUCAACUUUUAUUUCAGUUACACUGACUCGUGACUUGUCAUAUAAAUUCAGUACACAUUUUGGUAAAAACAAUUCUCAACUAAAAAUGGUUGAACAGUAUGUGAACUCUGGAUAUUCCCGGGCUAUAAUGUCGCUGCUACGUUGCUGGUGGACCAGUCUAUACCUCUGGGUAAUGAUGCACGCGGCCGGCACUCUGUUCGUUGUCAAUGAAAGCUGGAAUGAGGGAUUUUUGUGGAAUUUGCGUAAGCCGGACAAGUUGUUCUUCUUCGACCCGCUCUCUGUGGAUACGUUCGGAGAAGUAUGGACCGUGGUCAUGAUAGCUGCAGUGCUGGGGGGCGUUUACAGGACCUGCGGCUGCAGGCUUGUGGGGUCCGGCACUCUUGGCCGGAUCGGACGCAAGCCGCGCCUGCAGAACCUGUGGUUCUGUGCUCCAUACAUUGGGGCCAUCGGGGGAUGCUGGAUCUUCAGCACCUUUUUGUUGGCACGCCACAUGUUCACGCGGGAACUGAGCCACACCAGCAUGAACCUCUACGCCAAACUAAUCUUCGCCCUGCUCUUUAAGAUCCUGGUUAUGGCCAACAUGACUUCGGUCGUCCUUCGUGCCUAUGUCAAAGUGAUGGAACUGGCAAUGAACUGGAACCGCGGACAUAGCUCCGACCUUAACUUUGGCGAGCGUUUGCGUCUCAUUCUUCACAAUUGAUGUCAAUCUGAGCAGUCUUUUCAUUUUUCUCACUUUUUAAAUAAACCUUUACGGGGCUAAAUUUCUAGCGAGACACAUAUCA